AUGCCCGCCAUCAAGUGGUCUUCACCGGUGGUGCGGAAUGACCUCAUGUCCCUGACGAGGCUGCCGGUGGAGAUGCAGCGGGCGGCGGCGGCGGCCGUCGCGGCGCAAAAGAAUGCCUACUCCCCAUACUCGAACUUUUCCGUUGGCGCCGCCCUUCUGCACGACGACGGCAGCGUCACGGCCGGGUGCAAUUACGAGAACUGCACGCUGCAGUCAUGCUGUGCCGAGCGCUGUGCCAUUGUGCGAGCCAACGUGGAGGGCCGCCGGCGCGCCAACGCUGUGGCUGUGUACGGCCGUAGCUGCGCCGUCGCCACCCCGACAAACCCCCCUCCGGCGGACACUCUUUGCCCCCCGUGCGGGCUGUGCCGACAACUACUGGUCGAGGUGGCCGACCUCUCCGAGAACUUUGAGGAGUUCAUGCUGAUUCUCGUCGCGCUCGAUGCACAGCGAGCAAAGGUGGUGCGACUGGCAGAUCUCAUGCCGGCGAAGUUUGGUCCGGCAGACAUAGGCAUGGACGUAGCGCGGCUGGGCUGCCACCCCUCUGCAUAG